AUGCAUGUCGUCAUCUUGACCUGGGUUUUCGCCUUGGCCCUGGCUGGAUUCGUCUAUCCUUACAGCCUGACGAGUGACUACGAGUGGCCUGACAAUAGCACCGACAUAGAGCACGAGUACAUCACUAAGGAAGAUAUCAAGAUCGUCUGUCUCGAAGCCGGAACGGCCGAUAAAGCCGACUGGGCCUUGACCGCAGACACGGACUGUUAUAUCCCGGUCUCCUAUCUCGACAUCAGAGAUACCGUGAAGACAUGUAGCGAUGAUUUUCUCGAGGAUGAUGAUGAGGAAGACGAUCUCGGUGAUGACUACCAGCCUACGGAUGACACUGAAUCUGGGCUGGCGGUACGUGCGAACGACUAUCCCUACAAGGGCAAAUGUAGCGGUAUCGAUGACUGGAAGUUUUACAGAUGCGAAUGCGUCAGCUUCGCAGCUUGGCGAGUCAGAAACGUCAUCGGGAUUGGGUUUCAUAAUUAUUGGAAGGAUGUGCACUGGGGCAACGCCAAUCACUGGGACAAUGCAGCCAAGAGUGUUGGCGUCAAGGUGACCAAAAAGCCCAAGAAGAAGACUGUUAGCCAGAGAGAUUCAGGUUCCGCUCUAGGACAUGUUGUUUGGAUCACAAAAGUCUCCACGAACAAGAAGUAUGUCAACCUUGAGGAGUACAACUACGCUAAGAAGCACACAUACGGAAGACGCACCAAAGUUGCAGCUAGCAACUUCAGAUACAUCCACUUCAAGAGAUAA